AUGGUGUCUAACUCACAGUGCCAGUUUUUGACCUGGGUUCGCAAGGCCUCGCGGUCAAGAAAACAGAACCAUCUCGACCAUUAUCAGCAAAAGGCCUUCGAGAUCGAAAAAGAUUUUAACUACUCCUCUUCGUCUAUAUCCUCCGAGGGCACAGAAAGACAGUCGCUGGAUAGGAAUCACCAGCAUAUCUCCUCUCCAGCCAAAAUAUCGCUCGCUCGACUCAUUGCAAAUGAUGCUGCUGAAGCUGAUCGCCUGCUACUGGCAUGUAGGGAGCUCGGUGGCUUCUACUUAGACCUAACGGCAGCAGACCUGGGUGAGGAUGUUAUGUCCGAUGCAGACAGGUUAUUUGGCCUGGGAAGAGAUGUCUUCAAUCUUCCAGAAGACGAAAAGAGGGAAUAUGAUAUGGUCAAGUUUGGCGGAUACUACGGUAUAGCUAACAGAGCUGCCUACAGAUAUAAAGGAUACCGCAACCGAGCACUUGACUUCAAAGAAUUCUACACCGUUUCAAAGGACGAGAUAUUGGGUAUUCAAUGUCCGACAAAAAUCCCCCAACCUCAACCUCAGCCUAUACAAUCAUCACUCCCUCUAAUACAAACCUAUAUCCGAAACUCCCACGCUAUAAUAUCCCUAAUCCUCUCUCGCCUGGCCUCGGCCUUGGACCUACCGCCCGAAUCCUUGAAAAACAUCCACCGUCGCGACGCAAACAGCGGUGAUCAAAUACGGUGGAUCAAGCUGCAGGCAAGCAAAGAAGCACGCCCGCCGCCAGAGAACGAUGUCUUGCUGGAUGAACAUUCUGAUUCAAACAGCGUCACACUGAUAUUCAACCAAUCGGGUGGACUGCAGUUCCGUUCGCCCCAGCCAGACUCUUCACUCCACAACCUCCCCAUACCCAGGGAAAAUCCAAUAAUUACUACUACUACGACUCCUACCAGCACGCCUCCCACCACUAAUCCCACACCAUCUCCGGAACCCACAAUGGACUUCUCGGGGGGUCCCAACCUCCCUGCUAACUGGAUACCCGCCAACCCUCUACCUGGCCACUGCAUUAUCCUAAUGGGUGAACAGCUCGCCAAACUUACGGAAGGCGGCGUCCGCGCAAACGUACAUCGCGUAUGUGCUGUGCCCGGCAUGCAAACCAGCAACCCUCGGUACUCCCUUGUCUACUUUUCUCGGCCUGAAGAUGACGUUAUCCUGAAACAACUUGCCGGGAUUCCCGUUGUCCCAAGACCAAUGACCGCGCACAAAAGCUCGCGUGAGCUUCCGAGCCAGUGCAAGCGAAUAGGCAAGGUAUUCGAGGGGAAGGAGUGGAUGGGGUGGGUAAGGCCAUCGUCGCCUCGCUUCAAACAAAAGAGGUAG